AUACAGUGUCUUUUGAAUUUCAUAAUUCACGUAUUUAAAUACAAUUUAUUUAUCAAUCACUUCAAUUAUUCUUUUUCCAAUUCUAUCUUAAAUUUAUCCCCAAAUAAUGAUAAUAAUAAUAUAUCCUUGAAUAAUUUGGAAAUUAAUGUUGAUGAAUCAUCUACGCUACUAUCAAGAUCUCAGUGAAUGAGUGAAUAGCCUGAAACUGUUUUGGCGCUCCUUAUUUCAUUCAUCUGCUAGAAAAAAGUGAAUUUUGAUAAAUUAAUCUUUAUUAAUUCUUCAAAAAUGUCGACAACUUCGCAGAAACACAAGAACUUUGUUGCCGAGCCGAUGGGCGAAAAGCCAGUCACUGAGUUGGCGGGAAUCGGUGAAGUUCUCGGCAAGCGGAUGUGCGACCAAGGCUUUGAUAAGGCAUAUGUUGUUCUCGGCCAGUUCCUAGUUUUGAAAAAGACCCCAGACCUGUUUGUGGAUUGGAUGAAGGACAUUUGUGGAGCCAACACGAAACAGGCCAACGACUGCUGUCAGUGUUUGCAAGAGUGGUGCAAUGAGUUCCUCAAUUAAACCACACUUGCCACACUUUUUUAUCCAAUAACGUGCUGACAAUGUAUCAGUUAUAACCAUGUUCAACCAUAAGUUAUAAACAUAGUGUACUAUGUACACUCGGUGGCAAAUAUUUAAUGUGAUCUUCUUCUGAAACUAAACUCUUUAUGUGCCAGUAUCACUAAAUCGAAUCAGUUAGGGGUUUUAUGCAAUAACUUGCUGCUGAUGUGUCAGUUAUCACAAUGUCCAACUUGUAGUGUACUCUUAUGAUAACAAUUUCACGUGUUCUAAAACCUCUAUGUACUAUGUGGUAUUCUUGUGAAUCUAACAAAUCUAAUAUUUAUAUUUCUUUAUUACCUGUGAAUCUGGAAUCUUAAUCACCAAUUGCUUUUCUUGAAAAUUUGACAAUUCUAAUCUUCAUGUUAUGCUCAUGUUGUAUGAAUCUUAAGAGAAAGUUUAUGUAGAGAUAUAAAGAUACUAACGGCCAGAGCUUGUCAUUACGUCACUUUCAAUCAGUUUCAAUUCAGACAGAUGUUUGGUAAAUAGAAAUUGGCUGAAAGUGAUGUAUUGAAAAGCACUGGCCGCUAGUAACCUUCCGUCUCUACCUUCCAUGUCUGUAAGAAAUUCAAGAUCGUAUACAUAAACAAUUCUUAAGAAUGUUGCUAGCCAAUUAGAGCUGGUCGCUUAGCAACUAGCCACUAGGAUCGUUCUGAUUGGUUCCUUGUUAUUGGCUGUUGGAUUGCAAAAGCGUGUUUGUCCAAGAAUGUUCUUAAGACUCGUUUGUAAUACGGCCUGUAAGUGUCACAUGUUAUUAUUUUGUAGAUCUUGAGUCUGUAAGAUAAUUAUUUCCGAAUGAAUCCUCCCUUAUUAUUUCAAUGUUAAUUUUCUUGAACAUUUUGAUAAAAUGACUUCCAUUAUUGUAGGAUAAUAAUUGAAAUGAAUGUUUGCUAAAAAUCACGUUUGGCAUUGUCAGUUGGAAACAUUUGUAAGUCUUGAAGUUGAAAGACAAUUCAAUGAAAAUUAUUCAAAUAGAGUUACAAAGGAUAAAGAUGAUACAGAUACAUAGAUAAGUUACAAGGAUUCAGUUAGAAUAUCUGACCAAUUUUGUACAAAAAUUAAUUAUUUUUCUAAAUAUUGAGAAUACAAGGGUUGAACUUUGUGUCAUAUUCUUAUGUACUAUAAAUGUAGGCUAUAACUUGUUGUGCAAUGUGCAUCCGUCAUUACAAUGAAUACCGUUUAUAACUGCUGCUAUUUUGUUUGACAUUUCAAGUGGGCCUUUCUACAAUUCAUCAUGUAAAAGGUUAUCCAUUCUAAUAGUUAAUUUUUUACACUUUAUGCUGAUUAUUAAUUUUUUCAUCUUUUAAAUAAAAAACAUACAUCUUGAUGUGAGCGAAAAUUUAAGAGAAUGUUCUACUUUAUUCAUAUGGUUGUACUAACACACUAUUGAACCUUAGGAAUUUUUAUUUAAGAAUCUUGAAAAGCAAAUUCAAAUGAAUGUUUCCAUAGUUCCUGUGAGCAUUGUUACAAUUAUUAAUUUUAUGUAUUUAUAAGUAUUGUAUUUGAAAAAGCAACAAGCAUAAAUAAUCAUAAACCUUUUGCCUUAAGUAGACUAUUCACAAUGAUCACUAUUAUUUCCUAUUCAUAAUAUCCUACAUGGUUCUUCAUUUUCUCAGUAGCAUUUAUUUCAUUAAAUAGAUUUCGUUCUAAUUUUUUAAAAAAGGGAAGCUUUAUGUUAUAUGUAGAUCAGUUUAUGAUAAAUUUACUCAAAUGACUAAUCAGAAUGUUAACUCUCCACUGCUUCAAAUGUACAAAUAGUUAUGGGAGAGAUUUGGUCUUAUUUUUCUAUUAUAAUGUUUGUGGAAGCUUAUUGUUAAUGUAGUAUUCGAAGAAUAAAGCUUGUUAUCUAUUUAAA